UCCAGUUCCAAGGAGAGAUUUGCAUCAAAGCAAGGAACAACUUCUCCAAUGGGGGCAGAGAAGCAGAGCUCAAAGGGACAAGCAUGGUUUUGUACCACUGGCUUAUCUAGUGACAUGGAAGUAGAAGUGGAUGAUAUGACAUAUCAUCUCAAUAAGUUCCUUCUAAUGUCUAAAAGCAGAAAACUUCACCAGCUCAUUACAGAGCAAGAACAGAGCGAUGAGAAGAAGAAACGCCAUGAAGAAAAAGGAGACGGUUAUACCCCUCACAUAAGGCUUGAGAAUUUUCCCGGGGGUCCAGAGAUUUUCGAGAUGGUGGUUAAGAUAUGCUACGGCGUCAACGUCAACCUCUCUGCUUCCACAGCCGUUCUACUCCGCUGCGCCGCGGAAGAGCUAGAAAUUACGGAAGAGUACUCACCGGACAAUCUAAUUUUGAAGACGGAGACCUUUCUUUCACACUCUGUCUUGAGUAACACACAAGAAACCAUUGCAGCCCUAAAAGCGUGCGAAUCAGUCUCUUCUCUAGCGGAAUCAAUCGGUAUAACGAAACAGUGCAUAGACUCCAUCGUCUCCAUAGCUUCUUCAUCAGCCGAUCCUUUGUUGUUCGGUUGGCCAAUGAACAACAGAGACUCAACGAAGAAAAAGAACAAGGGUUCGACAUUGGAGGUUUUGUCCGAAGAUCUGUUGGAACUGAGCUUUCCGAUCUUCAAACGUGUAGUACAAGCAAUGAAAGCCAAAGGUCUGAGUGACAACAUAGUAGAGACCUCUCUGAUUCGCUACGCCAAGAAACACAUUCCAUUAAUCACGUCAAGGUCAUCAUCUUCAUCAAACAUAGCUUCGAAGAACCAACAGAGAGAGUUACUGGAGACGGUCAUCUCUUAUCUUCCGAUACAUAACUCCUCCGCAACCUCAACGACUAGGUCUCUCUUCGGCCUUUUACGACCAGCCAUCAUCCUCAACACCUCCGAGAAUUGCCGCACCGUUCUUGAGAAGAAGAUCGGUUCGCAUUUGGAGAAAGCGACGCUUGACGAUCUGCUAAUCCCAAGUUACUCGUACCUCAACGAAACGUUAUACGAUAUUGACCUUGUGGAGAGACUCAUCCGCCACUUUCUAGAAAACGCCGCCGUAUCGUUAUCAUCUACGUCGUUGACUGUGGUCGGGAAACUCAUCGACGGAGCUCUUUGUGAAAUCGCAUCGGACGCUAAUCUCAAACCGGAAAGAUUCUACAUUUUAGCGGUUUCGCUACCAGAUGAAGCAAGGCUAUACGAUGACGGACUCUACAGAGCCAUCGAUAUAUAUCUCAAGUCACAUCCAAGGAUGUUGGAGGUAGAGAGGGAGAAGAUGUGUAGUGUGAUGGACUUUCAAAAGGUGACUAUAGAAGGUUGCACACACGCAGCGCAAAACGAGCGUCUGCCACUACGAGCCGUCGUAAAAGUCCUGUUCUUGGAGCAACUUCAGCUACGGACGUUAGUAACGGCAGUGACGGAAGAAGACGGUGGUGAGACGGCGGGAGAGGCAAAGGUGUACUUUGGGGUAUGGGAGGAAGUGUUGAAGGAGAAUCAGGUGCUUCGCUUGGAUAUGGAUGCGAUGAGGACGCGUUUGUACCAUUUAGAAAGCGAAUAUUUGAACUUGAAGGCAGUGAUCGCAAAGAUUGAUAAGGAACGUUUGUAUGUGGCGAAUGCUAGGCGGCGAAAGUGGUCCAUCAGCAACAAGUUCGGAUGCAAAUUCAAGACACAGGUCUGUGAUUCGCAUGAAACAAAGAUGGUCUAUGGAAGAUGUCAACGACGCUAAUAGUAGUACUAUACAUA